AUGUACAAAAUUAAUUUUUUGGCUAAAAGUAUUAUUAAACCAUUAAACAUCACUAUUGAUGUAAACAGUUAUCUGGCAUGCCGAAGGGGGUCCAGCGCACAAGCUGAAAUAUCACCAGUCCCAUGCAUAACUUUGAACAAUGGGUGCAAAAUGCCUGCCUUGGGCUUAGGUACUUGGGGGGCUAACGAUGAUUUUGUUAAUCUUGAAAAAGUUGGAAAGGGCAAAAGGAAAUCUGCACCAGUCGAACCCGAUGAAUGGGUAGACAUAACCAAACGAGCCAUAGACUGCGGCUAUCGGCAUAUUGAUACAGCUUUUCUCUAUAGAAAUGAAAAACAGAUCGGUCAGGCUAUUAAGGAAAAAAUUAAAGAAAAAGUCAUUAAAAGGGAAGACAUUUUUAUUGUUACGAAACUGUGGAAUACCUUUCACGAUCCCGAAAAUGUUAUAGCCGGUUGUAAGAAAAGUCUUAAAAACUUGUGCUUGGAUUACGUCGAUAUGUAUUUAAUGCAUUCACCAAUGGGAGCACCAGCCCAAAAGGACGAUAACAUUUACGCACCCACCAAAAAUGGUAAACCUUUAUUUACGGAUACGGAUUACGUCUGCACAUGGCGAGCUAUGGAAGAGUUAGUGAAAAAAGGUCUUUGCAAAAAUAUUGGCAUUUGUAAUUUUAAUAUAAACCAAUUGGAACGACUGCUAAAGUACGCCAAGAUUCCACCACAGAACCUUCAAAUGGAACAUCAUCCAUACCUUACGCAAAAGGAGUUGACAGGUUUUUGUAGAGCUCUCAAAAUUAUUAUAACAUGUUACGCUCCCUUAGGCUCGCCAAAUCGCCCCUGGGCGGGCAAAGACUCUGCUAAAAUUCUUUUAAAGGAUCCCCAGGUUGCAAAAAUUGCUAAAAAGUACGAGAAAAGUCCCGCCCAAAUACUUUUGAAAUAUCCAAUUGAUCUAGGCCACGCUACGAUACCAAAUCCGGGAAAGGGAAAAGAACACAUGGCCGAAAAUAUAUGUAUUUUUGAUUUCUGCCUAGCUCCCGAAGAUAUAGAGGUUUUGGACGCUUUGAAUGCGAAUGUUCGUUACUUCAAAUUCACGGGGAGUAGCGGUCAUCCGCAUCAUCCUUUUGAAACUCCUAAGUCAUAA